CUCGCUUAUUCGUUCAGACACUGAAAAUGGUCGCAUAUACGGUAGCAGUUGCAGGAGGCACCGGCGGAAUCGGAUGCACCAUUGUCGAAGAACUUGUUCGGCAGGGGAAGCACAAGGUGUUAAUUUUGGGGCGCGAGGCCACCACCUUACCAUCGCUCUCCCUUCCCGUGAUCAAAGCCAACUACAACGACCCUGAUGCCUUGAAGCAGCUUCUAGAAGCUCACAAAGUCGAAAUAGUCAUAUCGGCGAUCAUAAUCUAUUCGGAAGGAAGCAGCAAAGCGCAGCUGAACCUAAUUCAGGCCGCGUCCGAGUCCAGCACAGUGAAAAAGUUCAUACCUAGCGAGUAUGGCGUCAAGUACACUCCAGAAAUACUGGCGUUUCACCCCGCCGCGCAAUGGUGGCUUGACGCUGCGGCCGCGCUGCGUAAUACACGCAUGCAGUUUACUCGGAUUGUGUUUGGAUGGGUCUUGGACCACUAUGGCAUGCCGCACGUCAAGAGCAAUAUGAAGCCGGUCAAGUACGCACUUGACUUCGACAGCCAUCAAGCAGCAAUCCCGGGCGAUGGCGAAACCCCUAUCACCUUGCUUCACUCUGUCGACCUUGCGAAGUAUAUUGCUGCCAUGUUGGAGCAGGAGAACUGGCCAGAAGUAAGCGCAUUUGUCGGUGAUCGGAUGUCGUGGGGCGAGAUGGUUAGGGUCGCAGAGAGAGUGACCGGCGAGAAGUGGAACGUCAAAUACGACUCUAUCGAAAUGCUGGAGAAGGGGGAAGCUACACUGUUUGAGCAGCCUGAAGGCGGUUACACUGAGUACCCAGAGGCGCGUCAGUUGAUAUCCGAGUUCGGUCUUAUGGCUGUGAAUGGCAUUAUGGAUGUCUCUGGGGAAGGCACGAGAAAUGAGGAAUUCCCAUGGAUCAAGCCAAUUAAGGUGGAGGACUUGAUUGAGACUGCUUGGGGUAAGAAGAGCCCGGAGUAA